AAUGCUCGUUUACAAAUUUAAAUAUAAUUUGCGCGCAUGGGUACAAGAACCACAGUUCUUCCUGUCUUAGUCCUUUCCAUAGCAAAUACUUGAGUGGAACAUGUCGGUAACGUCGUCUGACAAAAGGAAUGAGGAUUGGGUAGGAGAGUCUAAAAAUGGGCCAAGCGACAAAGAACAUUCUUAUGAUGGUCCACCCGGUAUGGACCCUGAAGGAAUCAUCGAGUCCAACUGGGACGAGGUGGUGGACAAUUUUGAUGAUAUGAACCUUAAAGAAGAACUUCUGAGAGGUAUUUAUGCUUAUGGUUUUGAAAAACCUUCUGCUAUACAACAACGGGCAAUUAUCCCUUGUGUUAGGGGUCAUGAUGUUAUUGCCCAAGCUCAGUCAGGUACUGGUAAAACAGCUACAUUUUCCAUUUCAAUAUUACAACAAAUUGACACUAGUGCAAGAGAAUGCCAGGCCUUGAUUUUGGCCCCAACUCGUGAAUUGGCCCAACAGAUCCAGAAAGUAGUCAUAGCCCUGGGAGAUUUUAUGGGGGCCAUGUGCCAUGCAUGCAUUGGUGGUACAAAUGUUAGAGAAGACAUGCGCAAACUAGAAAUGGGUGUUCAUGUUUUGGUUGGAACUCCCGGACGAGUUUUGGAUAUGAUUAGCCGCAGAGCUCUAAAAACUAACACCAUUAGAAUUUUUGUGUUGGAUGAAGCUGAUGAGAUGCUUUCUCGUGGUUUCAAAGAUCAGAUCCAUGAUGUAUUUAAAAAUUUAAAUCAUGAAGUACAGGUUAUAUUGCUUUCAGCUACUAUGCCAUCAGAUGUAUUGGAGGUCAGUACAUGCUUCAUGAGGAAUCCUAUUCGUAUCUUAGUUAAAAAAGAAGAACUUACCUUGGAAGGUAUCAAACAGUUUUUUGUUUUUGUUGAGAGAGAAGAGUGGAAGUUGGAUACUCUCUGUGAUUUGUAUGAAACACUAAGUAUUACUCAAGCUGUAAUUUUUUGUAAUACAAGGCGCAAGGUUGAUUGGUUGACUGAGAGUAUGCAUAAUAGAGACUUCACUGUUUCUGCUAUGCACGGUGAUAUGGAACAAAGAGAACGAGAUAUUAUUAUGAGACAAUUCCGUACUGGUUCCAGUAGAGUUUUAAUCACUACAGACCUUUUGGCAAGAGGCAUUGAUGUGCAACAAGUUUCUCUUGUCAUAAAUUAUGAUCUUCCAUCUAAUAGAGAGAAUUAUAUUCACAGGAUUGGAAGAGGUGGCCGAUUUGGUCGUAAAGGUGUGGCGAUUAAUUUUGUUACAGAAGAGGACAAACGCUCUCUUAAUGAUAUUGAACAGUUCUACAACACCCGUAUUGAAGAAAUGCCUAUGAAUGUUGCCGACCUCAUUUAAAUUGUUACUAAUAAAAACAGUGUGAGUAUCGGAUCGUGACUACUAUCCUAUGAUCGUGCGCGAUUUUCCGAUUCUUAAAUUAGUAAUAUCGGUCUGCUUAUGAUGUGUUGUUGACCAUUCUGGUCUGCUCUAUUCCAGUGGCUGCUCUCAAAUUAUAUGAAGUGACUUUUCCCCUGGGUUUAGGUUCUACACUUGUACUUCCCUUAAGUGUAGAUACCUAGAAACAUACCAGUUAUUGACUGGAUCUUAUUUAAUAAGUGUUAAAAGCUAUUUUUUUCCUUUAAUUUCUAUCCUUACUGUAUUUUACGUAGUUAAUAAGCUAUUAGAUUAUUGUGUGAAUGAUUGCCUUGCUUUAAGGCAUUUCCUGCUGUUAAUUAAAUUAAUCUUUAUUAAUUAUUAAAUAUUAAAUUGAUCAUUAUUUUCAUCUGUAAUAAUGAAUUUUUUUUUUUUGUUCCCUCGUAUAGUAAGAGUUUUUUUCAUGAAGCAGUGGUUUUUUGUUGUAUUGUAUCACAGUUUGUUACUAUUAUUGAAUUAUAGAAUGUAUCAAAGUAAAACAUUUUUCUAUAUUAAGAUACACAUAUUUUUAUUUUUGUGUAAAAACACUUAUGUUGUUUUCCAUUGCCUUGGUAAAUGUAUCAUAGGUUUUUGGAAAGGAUAUUUCAAUCAAAAAACAUCUAGACGAAAAUGUUUUGUAAAAUCUUGCUUGUUCAUACUGAGAUUUUGUAUCUUAGAUUAAAUAAAAAAUAACAAUUAAAUUUGUAAUUGUUAUGACUAAUUAAAACCUCUGUUUGUUUAUUUUUACUAUAAUAUUUCCUGUCUUUAACUAUUAUCAAGCAAGUAAUUUUUUAUUUUGUAUUUACAGGAAAAUUAAAUCAAUCACACAACACUGAGGAGACACUUUUUGGAAAUAAAGACUUAAAUUUCCAUUCUGAAGCUCAACAAACAGUGGUUUUACUUAAAAUAAACCUUUCAACUUCCCCUCCAGUUAUAUUAUUGAAAUGUGGAUAUUUUAUUUUUUAGAAUUAUUCAGUUAAAUUAAUUUUCUACUUGGUUUAUAUGGAGCGAAUACCGUGUACAGACAUUUUUAUUUAUAAAUAAAUUUUUAAUCUUAG